AUGGCGUCCAGCCGGCUGCCGGAGAGGGAGGUCCAGGAGGAGCCGAGGCGCGCUGCGACCGCAAACCCUGACUUCUGCCUCCACAAAUACUCCCUGCUCAUCAUUAUAGGACGGACCGCUCACCUCAGACAUACGGGACACAUCAGCAGGGAGAUUGAACGAGGUAUUCGGUCAUGGGACGUCGACUUAAACUCCUGUAACCUAAUCCUCUAUCUCCAAGAAUUUCUCUCCCAUCACACGGCAUCUUUCAAGGGUGCAGGGCAGAAGUGUCUGCGCCACAGUACCAGAGUGUUGGACACUCAGGUGCUGAUCAGUCCAUCUCAGGAACAGGUUCAUUCAGAGGUGUUUGCUUUGCUAUCCAGGGAAUCGGCCCAUAAGCUGUUGAUCUUGGCUGGCCAGAGCGUGGAGGAAAGUGGAGACCUGCUGUUUCACAGAGGACAGUUCUCACCACACCAGCUGAAACAAAUACUAACAGAGCAGUUCACAGAUCAGGAGAACUUAGCCUCCUCCGAACUCAGUCUGACCCUCCGCUGUCCCAACAUCGGCCAGUGGAGGAAGACUCUCUUGGGAAACCAGCGUCUGCAGAGUCCUUUCACGCUGCACAUCAAUCCCCCAGAGGUGCUGCCUGCCAUGGAGGCCCUGGGGGAAUUCACCUCCCUCAUCUCUGGUACCCUUUCCCCUUCAUCUCCCUUCGACCUCCUGCCUCCUCCCACCACCGUGGGUUUUCUCAAGCUGUCCCGCCCCUGCUGCUACGUGUUCCCUGCCGGGCGCGGUGACUGUGCCUUUUUUGCCGUUAACGGAUUUACAGUGCUGGUGGACGGCGGCUCCGACUCCCAGGCCUGUUUCUGGAAGCUGGUGCGCCACCUUGACCGAGUUGAUGCAGUUUUGUUGACGCACAUCGGGACAGAGAACCUCCCCGGGGUCAACGUCUUCCUGGAGAGGAAGGUAGCUGAGUUAGAGCUGAGCUCUGAUAGCAAAGAUGACUUGUCUAAGAGGCUCAUCUCCCCAGAGCUUGGAGUUGUGUUCUUUAACGCCCCCAGCAGGUUGCAGGUGGAGGAACAGCCUUGUGGGGACAAUGUACUGAUGAGCACACACCAGGCGGCCCUAACCCUACAGCUGUUAAAGAAGUUAGACAUCAGACCACAGCCAAUGUUUCGACCACAAGGAGUCCCCGUUGAGCCGCUAACCCUGUUCCAGAAGAUGGGAGUGGGACAGUUGGAGUUAUACAUCCUCAACCCCGGCAAAAACAGCCAGGAGUACCAAACAUUCAUGCAAAACUGGCCUGAUGCAUUGCCAUCAGAAUCCAAAUCCCAAACUCUCCCUCUUACCGCCCUGGCCUCAGUGUCUGCCCUGCUAGUGUGGCACCCAGCGUGUCCCCAGGAGAAGGUGGUCAGGGUGCUGUUCCCUGGUGUUACCCCACAAACGAAGCUGCUGCAGGGCCUGGAGAAGCUGAAGGGGCUGGCCUUCCUCCAGAAACCCGCAGUGACCACAGGGGACCUGGAGAGGCUGGGGGAGGACAGAAAGACCAAGAGGACAGAGAGCCAGGACAGUGGCAGGUCACAAGGGAAGGACUCAACUCCUAAACAUGGAAAAGAUCGUGGAGUUAAAGAAGACGGAAAGGAGGUACUGGUAAGGGAAAAAGGAAAAGUUUUGAAUGGAGUCGCUACAAGGGAUGCUGAUAAAACCAGAAUCAAAGAGACAGGUGUAAAGCAAAAAGGAGCAUCGUCAGAGAAGAAUACCUCAAAGAAGGGAGGAGGAAAGGAUGGGAAAAAGGAGGAGAAGCCUGGAAAUAAAGAGAACAGUGUUAUGAGGAACGAUCAGGGGAAAAAGGAUGUUCUCCUUUCCAAACCAAAGAAUGAAAAUAAAACUAAGCUCAAAAAGGAAGCAAAAAAUGACUCUAAAACAGGGGUGAAGAAAACAAGAAAACCCCUGGGAAAGGAGGCACACAAUGGCAAGAAGGUAAACACUGAACUGUCAACAAAACCCAACAUUGGGAGUGUGUUAGAAAUCCCAGAGCCGGAGCAGCAGAGUCAAAAACCAGAGAAAGAGACUGAAGAGAACCCCUGUGGCUCCAAAAUGUCCACCCCUGAGGAUAUGACAGACGAUUUUCUCAGGCUCCAGGAGGAAACCGAAAGAGGAGAGGCGCAGGUGGUGAAAACAGCAGAUAAAGGAAAGCAGGAAAGCAGUGAGUCAAGAAAUGAAAAGAGCCAUGGAGGCAUUAGCAAAGAGAAGAGCAAAGAAGGUGAUGAUACACUAGGGGACGAAGCUGCAGGGAUAAUGGGAGGAAAGAGUGGUGAUAAUGGAGCGCAAAAUAAGGCUUGGACUGGAGAGAAAGCUGAUGUAGACCUGCAGAAAGCGCCUAUAGACCAGCCUGGAAAUGCUUCCAAACCAGCAAAGGUUGUAGGAUUUCCAUCUCCCUUGAACAAUGCGCCAAAGAGCGAGCACAACGAGCUAGACUUAACCCCGACCGAAUACACUCUCCUGGACGGAGCUUUGAGAAACAGCCCUCCCUCGCGAUCCUCUCCAGAGAACCAGGCCCAUGUCAGCCCCGACGAGCAGACGGUAGAGCCUGCCUCCCCUGAUUCGCGGCCCAACAGUGCAGGCCACACUCCUUACUGUCUGUCCCCGGAUGAUGUGUGGUGCAACAGGGUCACUCUCAGCAGGUUACAGGCCCAGAUGGGUAACUUUGAGUCAGCGGACAUCAACCAGCCAAAUGGAUCAUCCAAGCAAAGUGAGGGGCAGCCCAAAAGCACUACAGAGAGUCACACAAACCCCAGAGAGAGGCAACUAAGUUUCCUUUCUUUGGGUACACUUAAAGAGGGAUCUUCAGACGCCUCUCCUUCUCUCGCUACCACCACCACCACCACUACAACACACUCCAUGCCAGCAGAGGUGAGCUCACCUCAGUCCACAGAAGUAGAUGAAUCACUGUCCAUGUCCUUGGAGCAGGGACCAACCACUGUGAGCCAGAGAGAGGGGGAUGACAGUGUUCAUAACUCCCACUCCAAUGGAAGCCAUUUUGCUGGGAUGUCUUUACCAAUGAAGAAGCCUCCCAGAUCUUUAGGGCAGGGCUCAGAGAUGGGGCGACCUCCAGCUCCAAACACACUUAAUUUUGAGGCGUCAGCUCACGAUGUGGAUCUUUGUCUGGUAUCCCCCUGCGAGUUCAAGCAUCUCAAACAGCCUGACUCCAGCUCAGGUGCGAGUGAGCCCUCCAGAGGAUCCUUCGCUCCACAUCAUCACGGCAACAACAACAACCCCAAGGACAUGUCACCCAGCGAGUCAAACGCCCCCGUCUGCACAGAGGACUGCCCGUCCACCACAGCAGAUGGAGGUCUGGACUCAGAUGAGGAUGAGUCGUGCAGUGAGCCGUCUAACUCUCCCCAUGAUCUCCGCUCUAGUCAGGCUCUGCCCCCGGACCCUCUCCCAGCCCCUUUCAGGGACAGCCCGCCCCUGCCCCCACAUCCUGACACGUCCAUGCCCGUUCCUCAGUCGGACUCUGACGCUCGCGGGAAAAAAGCAAAAGCCAAUGGCAUGCGAGGGAAAAAAACACCAGCAGUUACCAAGGGCUCCCAAAGAUCAGGCUCAGGGAAAAGCAGGACAGGGAGCCAAAGUGGAGUCUCAAAGGGGAAUGUCUCUUCUACUCAUACGCCUUCCUCCAGCGCCCGCUCAGCACCAGCAAAAUCCUCACCAAAUCCAGGCUCUAAGUCUACCUCUGUUGGUGAAGUCAGUGUGUAUGUGGACCUGGCCUAUAUUCCCUCUGGAGCCUCCUCUCCAACAGUCAGUGUGGACUUCUUCAAAUGCGUUCGCUCCUCCUGUUACAUCAUCAGCGGCGACAGUCCAGAGAAAGAAGAGCUAAUGAGGCAUACACUGGACGCACUACUGGAUGCCAAGUUAUCCUGGCCUGACACUAUGCAGGUGACAGUGAUCCCUACCUUUGAGUCGGUGCCGAUGCAGGAGUGGUACCAGCAGACCCUGGACAGACAGAAGGAGCUGGGCAUCACCGUGCUCGGAUCCAACAGCACUGUCGCCAUGCAGGACGAGACCUUUCCGGCCUGCAAAAUAGAGUUUUGAGGCGGACUUGGGGAUGCAGCGAUGGAAAAUGGAGGGUGAAUAUGAGCUUAAAGAUGGAGAUGUGUGUGUGAGAGAAAAAAAGAGACAGAAUUGAAGGUGUGAAAGAAAUAGAAAGUUAAAAACAGAGAUUAUGGGGAAAUAAAGAGAAUAUAAGGCAUCUUUCUGCGCAGCUGAUAUGGGACUUUCACCUAUUCCCCCUUCUGGUUAAUAACUUCUUGGGGGCUACUUUUUUCAGACCCAUGACCCUGUGCAAAACAGGAGAGGAGAGCAUAUCCAGCUGCAAACAUGUGGAUCCACAUAAAAGCAUUUUUUUGUAGAUUAGUAAAUAGCGUUAGCAAACAUGGGGUUAAAGGCACUAUGUGUAGGCUUGUUUUCUUAAUGCAUUCAGCUCUGAAGUGUGCAGUAGUGUGUGCUAAGACUAAGGGCCCAUUUUGCUGCUUUUAUUGCAACAUUUAGGCUACCAGUUGGCGUAACUACUCCAGAUACUCCCAAAUGGCAAGAGUGUGUAAAUUUGAAAUGAUGUCUUACAUUGUACCUUUAAUUAAAAUCGCAUUCACAGUGAGUGGUAAGGUGUGUGUUGUAAGCACUGUAUGCAGACAUGAGGUGAGCUGUGCUGUGUGUUGUACCUGCUUUUUAGUAUUGAGCCACUGUGGCUUCACUGUUGACCUUGAGAUCUCUGCUGAGCAAAUGGAGCAGAUGCGAUGUAUCUGAUGUUGAGUGAUAAUCUGAGAUUAUUAAUCUGAGUGUGCAAAAACAAAUCUGUCAACAGAGAUUACCAGAUUAAAUGUAAUAGCAUUACAGCAAUCUCAUUAAGGAUGGUACUGUCAUUGUAAUCCAUUACAAGUGCUUAAAAUCAUGCUAAUGAGGAAUCAGACAGCAACUCCUUUUGUAGUAAUAGAUGUUCACUUGUUAUCUUACUAAAAAAAAAACAUUAAACAUUAAAAGUGAUGACAUGUAUUUUGAUUGUAUGAUAUGAUGGAUAUGAAUGUACAGUUUAUUUUAGACAAUAUUUUGCACAGCAUAAAAUCAUGGUCUAGUCACAGUGAGUGUAAUAACAGCUUUCCACAUUAGGGCUGGGCGAUAUGAAGAAAAUCAGAUAUCACGAUAUUCUUGACCAAAUACAUCAAUAU